UCACGGCGGGCAGCCUCAAGGAGACUCCAGGUUCGUGUGGAGCUGGCGUUCGGAACUGUGGCCCGGGAGACAGACGCGAUGAAGCCUAGACCAGCAGGGUUUGUGGAUAAUAAGCUUAAGCAGCGAGUCAUCCAGUACCUUACCAGUAACAGAUGUGGAAAAUAUGUGGACAUUGGAGUGUUAGCAUCUGAUUUACAAAGAAUAUACAGUAUAGAUUAUGGUCGAAAGAAAAAAAAUGCUUUUAGGAUUCAGGUAGAAAAAGUAUUUAGCAUCAUUAGUAGUGAGAAAGAAUUUAAGAAUCUAACAGAAUUAGAAAAUGAACAUUUGGCUAAAAGAGCAAGACCAGGUGAAGAGGAUAAUGAGUAUACUGAAAGUUCUUCUUCUGAUGAUUCAAAUAUGGAAGAUCGCCCAGAUCCACAGUCAGCAAAUCACAUGAAUAGUUCCUUGCUCUCUUUAUAUCGGAAAGGAAAACCUGAUUCUGUUUCAACUACUUCUGAGAUGGAGCAAAGAAAACUCCCUGCUUCAACACCACGGAUAACUUCCAAAACAAACUCCAUUUCUUUGAAGAUGCCUGCUGGAGAUUCUGAGGGAGGAUGGUUUAUUGACAAAACCCCAGGUGGAAAGAAAGAUAGUUUUUUCUUGGAACUAUCAUGUGAGAAAAGCAAUUAUGACAAACCAAUAACUGAGAUACAGCAUUUAAAAGAUUCUUGUCUUUUGGAGAGUGAUAAAAAAAGGAAAGGCAGGUUAAGAAGCAAAGGAAGGAAAAGGAAGAAAGAAGAUAUUCAGGAAGUAGAUGGAGAAAUUGAAGCUCUCCUGCAAAAGAAAGCCAAAGCCAGAGGGCUCGAGUUCCAGAUCUCCAGUGUGAAAUUUGAAGAUGUCGGAGGCAAUGAUAAAACAUUAAAAGAAGUCUGCAAGAUGCUUGUACACAUGCGUCACCCGGAGGUGUACCACCACCUAGGUGUUGUGCCCCCUCGUGGAGUUCUCCUUCAUGGGCCCCCAGGCUGUGGGAAGACAUUACUCGCACACGCAAUUGCUGGGGAACUUGACCUGCCAAUUCUAAAAGUGGCUGCUCCAGAGAUUGUGUCUGGAGUAUCUGGAGAGUCUGAGCAGAAGCUAAGAGAACUAUUCGAACAAGCUGUGUCAAAUGCACCAUGUAUCAUUUUCAUCGAUGAAAUUGAUGCUAUUACCCCCAAAAGAGAAGUUGCUUCAAAAGAUAUGGAACGAAGAAUUGUAGCCCAACUCCUAACCUGCAUGGAUGAUCUGAAUAAUGUGGCUGCUACAGCUCGGGUCCUAGUUAUUGGAGCUACUAAUCGACCAGACUCGUUAGAUCCUGCUUUGCGACGGGCAGGAAGGUUCGACCGAGAAAUAUGCCUAGGUAUCCCAGAUGAAGCAUCCAGGGAAAGAAUACUUCAAACUUUGUGCAGGAAACUGAGACUUCCUGAAGAUUUUAAUUUCUGUCACAUAGCACACCUAACGCCAGGCUUUGUUGGUGCUGAUUUGAUGGCACUCUGCCGAGAGGCAGCCAUGUGUGCAGUCAAUAGGGUCUUAAUGAAGCAACAGAAGAAAGAACCUGAGAUUGAAGGCUUACUAUCUGAAAAAGGCCAGGAGGAAAGGCUGAAAACUGAGCCCACUUCUGAAACACAGGAUGAACUGCAAAGGCUGCUGGGGUUGCUAAGAGACCAAGAUCCCCUCUCAAAGGAGCAGAUGCAAGGACUAUGCAUUGAGUUGAAUGAUUUCAUUGUUGCUCUGUCUUCAGUCCAACCCUCUGCCAAAAGGGAAGGCUUUGUCACUGUCCCUAAUGUGACAUGGGCAGAUAUUGGUGCCCUGGAAGAUAUUAGAGAGGAGCUCACCAUGGCAAUAUUGGCACCAGUACGUAACCCAGAUCAGUUUAAAGCUCUAGGAUUGGUGACUCCGGCUGGAAUCCUACUUGCUGGUCCUCCUGGCUGUGGGAAAACUUUGCUGGCCAAGGCUGUGGCAAAUGAAUCUGGACUAAAUUUUAUAUCAGUCAAGGGCCCUGAAUUACUAAAUAUGUACGUUGGUGAGAGUGAACGUGCUGUGCGACAGGUUUUUCAGCGAGCCAAAAACUCAGCACCCUGUGUAAUUUUCUUUGAUGAAAUGGAUGCUUUAUGUCCUCGAAGAUCAGAUCGAGAAACAGGGGCAAGUGUCCGGGUGGUGAAUCAACUACUUACUGAGAUGGAUGGUCUGGAAACACGACAGCAGGUUUUUAUUAUGGCAGCCACUAACAGACCAGACAUCAUUGACCCUGCAAUUCUGCGCCCAGGCCGGCUGGAUAAAACACUCUUUGUGGGUUUACCACCUCCAGCAGAUCGUCUUGCCAUCUUAAAAACUAUCACGAAAAAUGGCACCAGACCUCCACUAGAUGCCGAUGUAAAUUUGGAAGCAAUUGCUGGUGACCUUCGCUGUGAUUGCUAUACGGGUGCAGAUCUGUCUGCUUUGGUACGAGAAGCUUCUAUCUGUGCCUUGAGACAGGAAAUGGCAAGGCAGAAGAGUGGAAAUGAAAAAGGUAGUCUCAAGAUUAGUCAUAAGCACUUUGAAGAGGCUUUCAAGAAAGUAAAACCAUCUAUAUCAAAAAAGGAUCAGAUAAUGUAUGAACUUCUGCAGCAGUCCCUCAGCCCAUGACAUCUUCAGCAGCCAGCUUAGAAGAGUCCAGUGCAUAGAGCUGGCACAGAAGGACACAUGCUUUGAGGUGUCCCCUUUCAGCUUGACACAGUUGUGUUCCCAUGAGGUUGCAUUCUACUUUCAAUUUAAUGACACCAGGCUGGAGCUGAAGAUUUUUCCAUAAAACACCCUGCUUCCUCUUUUAAAGAAAAUAUUUUUUAACUGCUGAAAUAAAACAAAUUUUUAAAGUAAAAUUUUUAUUUUGAAUAAUCUCAACUAUACAGAACUCUUAUGAAGAACUAUUUUUUCCUGGACAAUCUGAGAGGAAGUGGACAACCUGAUGCCCCAUUCAGCCAUUUUAUUAAACACUUGUGCUAAGCACUGCUGAUGUAAUAGCAAACUCAGAACUCCAGUAUGGUGUGUGUGGCAGAGAGAGCUGAUUGUCCUAUAAUAUCCAUUCUUCUGCCUCACAGUAAGAAGUCUCUUGCUGUUAGGAGAGUAAGUACAGUUUGGCUGGUGUUAUAUGAAUAGAAGAGAUGGGAACAGCUUUUGGUUACAUCCUUAAAAGAAAGCAACUUGAACUGUACUUAACUGUCAUUAAUGUGGGGCUGCCUACAUUGAUCAUACACUCUCCCUCAUAUGCAAAGACUCUGGGAUGUCCUCAAAAAAUCACAACUUAGGCUGGGCGCGGUGAGGCCAAGACAGGUGGAUCACCUGAGCUCAUGAGUUCAAGACCAGCCUGAGCUAGAGCGAGACUGCCUCUAAAAAUAGCCAGGUAUUGUGGCAGUUGCCUGUAGUCCCAGCUACUUGGGAGGCUGAGGCAAGAGAAUCACUUGAGGUUGCUGUGAGCUAUGACGCCAUAACACUCUACCAGGGUGACAAAGUGAGAUUCUGCUUCCAAAAAAAAAAAAAACAAAAUCACAACUUAACUCCAUGUUUACCUUCCCGGGGAAGACUCUGAUGAGGUAAUAAUGAUGAACCUGCUUUGGUCUUGUAAACGAAGGUAACAUCCUAGGGAAGGAGAAAGCAAUAAACAUAGAAGCCUGGGUUCCCUGGGCAGCAGACUUUCCUCACCCCUCAGACUGUCACUUGGCUUGGCCUGACUUUUAUAUGAGACCUUUAUCUUACCUAAACCAUUUAUAUUCUGGUCUGUGUUAAAGCAGCCAAAUUAACAUCCACAUUAAUACAGUAUUCAG